CCGCCGGGCGCCGAGCCCUGGUCGCGGUCCGAGGCCACCUUCAUGUUGAUGAAGCAGGAGCUGGCGUCCGUCGCCCUGGGCGGGCAGCCCCCGGGCACGCUGCCGCCCCGGAGGCCAUGCCAGUGCCCCUGCGCGGCCGGGGACAGCGUUGGUCCGGGCUCGGCGGCCGGGGCAGGGGGCGGCGCCGCGGAAGACCCGGAGGAGAACUCCCCGAGCAGCGACGAGAACCUGCCGUACCUGGACGCGAGCGACACCAUCCCGGACCCCGACGACGAGGACGGCUCGUCGCUGAGCGGGACGGGCUCGGGCGGCUCCACCCCCCGCGGCGACUGCGGCGGUGGCGGCGGCGGAGGCGGACACAAGCCGGGCGUCAACUACUCGUUCGUGCACUCGGUGUACCACACGCAGGAGACGCACGAGGAGGCCAUCCUGAUCCGUAUGCAGAAGGCCGGGACCGCGCAGACCGGCGAGCCGGGCCGGGACGGCGGCGCCGUCGCGGUGGUACCCGAGACGUCCCGGGCGCGACAGCGGGGAGCGCCGGACAAAGGGGGCCACGGGGGUGACGGAGGAGGAGGAGGAAGCCCGAGAGCGCACGACGCCAUGCUCACCCCCUCGACCAGCCUGAGAUCCCUGGACGACGUCCCCGGAGAGCCCCACACCGACGACGCCCGAGCCCCUGAGGAGCUGGCGGAGGAGGAGAAGGAGAUCAGGGAGGAGGUGGUGGUAGCCGUCUUGGACGACUUCACCGACUUCUACAACAACACGAUGAAGCGCUGCAGCGCACGCGAGAAUGAGUUUGUCGACCCUCCCCGCGAGGACCUACCCCAAGACGCGCCCCGGCCCUCCCCGGCCCCCGCCUACUCACCGCCCCCGCCACCUCCAGCUCCCGAACUGCCGCCGGGGGAGCCGGCGCCCCGGCGCCAGGACAGCGCGGAGGGUCUCGGCCACGCCUCAGAGUUCUCCACGGCCGACUCGCCCACUGCCGACGACUGGGAGUCCACGGCGACACCGUGCGGCCCGAGCCUCCCGGCAUCGCCGCGGCUGCCCAUUACCAGGAACGGCCGGAUCGUGUUCCCGGAGCUCGUGCUCCCGGAGCUGUUCGACGGGGAGCCGGGGGCCCCGCAGCUGCUGUGCGCCCGCCCGGAACAGGCCAUGGACGGCGAGGGCGAGGCGUACCUGUACCAGUGCAUGCUCGCCAUGGCGGACCUCGGGCAGCGCGCGGCCCCGGUGCCGGUGCACCACCUGCGCCGGCAGCAGCUGCGCCCGCAGCCGCAGCGGCGCCAGGUGCCACCGCCGCAGCUGCAGCCGCCGCAGCCGGAGGGCUGGCCGCACCUGGGGCUGUACGAGAAGCUCAAGCACUUCGCGCACACGUGUCGGCCGCUGCACUGCGCCGAGGGCGACGACGGCCUGCCCCAGGUGGCCAUGACGGCCGAGCUGAACCGCGAGCUGCUGCGCCGCAUGUCGUGCGCGCGGUGCGGGCUGCACACGGUGCCGCCCGUGCUGCAGUGCGCCGAGGGCCACUUCCUGUGCCACGACUGCCGGCCCGCCGUCCCCGAGGGCGCGCCCUUGUUCCGGUGCACCGUGCCCCAGGGCGGCGCCCACUGCGGCGCCCGCCUGCCGCCCGCGAUGCGCGGCCGCCCGGGCCCCUGCAGGAUGUUCAACGGGCUGGCGCGCUCCGUGCGCUACCCCUGCCGCUACGCGCCGCAGGGCUGCCCCGCCCCGCAGGACAUGGACUACCUGAGCAAGGCGGCGCACGAGGCGACCUGCGCCCACCGGCAGGUGCGCUGCUACCUGGGCGAGUGCCGGUGGCGCGGGCUGUGGAGCCGGCAGCGCGCCCACCUGGUGGCCGAGCACGCCGCCGAGGCCGUGGCCGCGCACUGGUACCGGCUCGUGGAGGUGCUGGGCCGCGGGCGCGCGCCCCCGCCCCCCGGCCUUGGCCGCACCUUCGCCUCCAGCCGUUGCUGCGAGGUGGUGCUGCUCGCCGGGCCGGCCGCGGCCGAGGCCAGCAUCUUCCUCGUGCACGCCCUGGAGCUGCCCGGCGGCGCCCGCUACACGGUGCAGGGCCUCGGCCCCGGCCCCUGCUGCCGCUACCGGCUGCGCUUCACCUGCGAAGAGCAGGAGCUGGAGGCGCGCGGGCGGACGCUGCGGCCGGACGAGGACGCGGACCUGGAGCUGCGCAGCGGCCGCUGUUUCCGGCUCGACCGCGACAUGUUCGGCUGCAGCAGCUGCGCCGCCGGCCACCGCACCGCGCUCUACCUCGAGAAGGCCGCCGCGCUCGCCUCGGGGGAGGGCGCCUGCGCGUGACGCGAACCCCCGAGGACCGCGACGACGACGACUACGAGCUCAAUACGACCCUACACGACCCCUCCCCGAGCCCUG